AUGUUUUAUCAAAUAACACAGCCUCUUUCUAAAUCUGCUAUCCGAGCUAUUACUUUUCUUGUUUUUUUUUCACUAUCUUUUCUUAUUUUUAAUUUUUGGCUUAUAUCAGAAAAUAUUAUUUUAAAAACUUCAUCUAAAAUUUAUACAUCAGAAGCCACUCUAAAAACUCGACUUAAUCAUUUACGCCAAAUAACAGAAUAUGAUCAAAAAUUAUUAGAGAGGUUAAAAUGUUUAAAUGGAAGAUUACUUUAUGUACUUUAUGGUCCUUCGGCUUUAGGAUUAUGUGAAUGGUGUGAAAUUGAAACACCUAUAACAUUUUUAUAUUAUAUUAUACCACAUAUAUUGUUACAUUAUUUAAUUAAUCUUGGAAUAAUUCUAUUAUCAACAUCUGUUUUAUUUGAAGGAACAGUAAAGUUAUGGGAAAACUUAGCAUCUACUAUUACUUUCUUUUUUUUUAUAGUAGAAUUAAUAGUGUUAAAAACAUAUGAUUGGAAGUCAAAUGAACAUAUUGAUUCUACUUUGAAUAUUAAUUGGAUACAUUGGAAAUUAAAUAAAUAUAGAACAUUUUUUAUAAUAGCUUUGGAUUUAUUUGUCGCUCUUAUUAUUUGGUUUGCUGAUACUAAUCAGUUGCACCAAAUGCCUACUAAAGAAAAACAAUUACUUUUAUCUAUUAACAAUUUAGAGGAAUCAAUUAAUCGUAUUCGUGCUUUAACUAUUAUAAACAGAGCAGUAAUUAUAGACGAAUUCCUGCAAAAACAAAAGAUGGAAUUUUACCAACAAGAAAAAAAACGUUUAAAAGAAUUAAAUGAUAGUAUAAGUAUAAAAAGUAAUAUGAAAAAUACAACUUUUGAGAAUAAUGUCAAAAAUUCUAUAGAAGAGAUUGAAAAUUAUGCGGAAAAUCUCGUUGAAUACUUAGAUAUGAUGCAUUAA